CAAUUCACCAGUUUCGCAAUAACUGGAACUAGGCUGCCAGUCGGAACAAUGCUAGCGUUUGGGUACUGGCAACCUAAUAGACGCUAUUCUUUGUGGAAUCUGGGUAAGUGGUGAGCAUUGUUGCACAAUGCCACGUUUCCCGUGAAACCACACCAGUUCGAAAGCACUACAUGGCUUAUUUCCAUCGGGACUGUCUUUCUGGCAUGUUCGUCUCUCAUGGAUGUUAAUACAAUGGACUGGGAACUCGUAUCAGACUCGGACUCCAUCUCCUCGGAGCCGGGAAAGCAUCUGCGUUGCGCGUCGCAGCCUGAUUAUGCGAAUGAGAAAGUGGUCCAGAGAAACAAGCUACCUGCGAGAUCAUAUCAUCUUCCAGAGUCGUCUAUAUCUUUGAAUGGCACUUGGGACUUUCAUUAUGCGGCAACACCUAGUCUGGCUCCUUCUUGGGACGACAUUGGUAAUUAUCAUGACUUCUCCUGGAACUCAAUUGUGGUGCCAGGCCAUUGGCAAUUACAAGGUUAUGGCAGACCGCAGUACACCAAUAUUAUCUUUCCUAUCCCAGUUUGUCCGCCGAACGUACCUACUGACAACCCGACUGGAAGCUAUGUGAAGAGUUUCUCUGUUCCGGGGAACUGGAGCCCGAACUCUCAGAUCCGCAUUCGUUUCGAAGGCGUUGAUAGUGCAUUCCACCUCUUUGUGAAUGGGAAAGAAGUCGGAUUCUCUCAAGGUAGCAGGAACCCAGCAGAGUUUGACAUCUCCUCUUUUGUGAACGGUUCAGAAGACAACCAAGUACUGGUACGCGUGUAUCAGUGGUCCGAUGGAUCAUAUAUCGAAGACCAAGAUCAGUGGUGGCUCUCUGGUAUAUAUCGCGACGUAUACCUACUUGCCUACCCGGAUCUUGCUCGCAUAGAAGAUUUCUUCAUCAAGACUGACCUCGAUGAUGACUACGCGGACGCAGAGUUGAUAGUGGAGCUUGAUCUGUCUCUACGGCUGACUUGCGAUCUCAAAAUUACUCUUUGUUCUCCAAACCAAGAUUCCAAGAUCUUUAGCGACCAGGUAGCCCUCGAAAGUCACGACACUAGGUGGCAGAAGAAUUAUCCAGUCAAAGCACCUUUGAAAUGGACUGCAGAAACGCCCGUACUUUAUCACGUCGAGCUAGGGCUAUCGUCAAAAGGAAGGUCCCUUCAAAAGAUCCAACAUCGAAUUGGAUUUCGGAAGGUGGAGAUCAAGAAAGGCCUCUUGACAGUAAACGGGGCGCCCAUUCUGCUCCGUGUUGUCAACCGACACGAACAUCACCCGGACUUUGGACGAGCAGUUCCAGUGGAUUUCCUCCGAGAAGAUUUGGUGCUCAUGAAGCGGCAUAACAUCAAUGCUAUGCGUUGCUCGCAUUACCCGUCUCAGCCAGCGCUAUACUCUCUUUGCGAUGAGCUAGGACUAUGGGUCCUGGACGAAGCAGACCUUGAAUGUCAUGGCUUCAACGACGCUGUGGCACGAAGUCUCAGUGGCGCCGAAGGAAUGGACUACGCACAGCGAAAAGCUUUGACAUUCGACCACGCUGCGUCUUUCACAUCUGACAAUAAGGAUUGGGAGACAGCCUAUAUUGAUCGGAUGACACAAUUAGUACAGAGGGACAAGAACUUCACAUGUGUCAUCAUUUGGUCUCUCGGCAAUGAAUCGUUCUAUGGCCGCAAUCACAAAGCCAUGUACCAAUACGCCAAGAGGGUUGAUCCGUCACGCCCAGUACACUAUGAAGGUGACUCCAAAGCCAUUACCACGGACAUGUACAGCUACAUGUAUACGUCGGUGCCAGAUCUAGUUUCUCUCGCCAGAGAAGAAGGAGUUUCGCCUGAUGGAUCGUACGAGAAACCCAUCAUUUUAUGCGAAUAUGGCCACGCUAUGGGAAACGGUCCCGGACUCCUCGAAGAUUAUCAAGCUGCAUUUCGCGAGCAUGAGCGACUCCAAGGUGGCUUUAUCUGGGAAUGGGCCAAUCAUGGCCUCCGAAAGGCAUCUGACGAAGUCGAGGGAAAGGAUAUUUUUGCUUAUGGUGGCGAUUUCGGUGAUGUGCCAAAUGACGGAACUUUUGUCAUGGAUGGGCUAUGUUACAGCAACCAUACUCCCACGCCUGGUCUAACGGAACUCAAAAAGGCGAUUGCUCCCAUCAGAGCAUGGUUUGAGCCCAACAGUGACAAAAUCACCGUGGAGAACAGAUUCAAUUUCAAAACCCUCGAGGGCUUUGCUGCACACUACGAGGUCGAGGCUCUUGCAGAUACUCGGGAGCUUCUGACUUCUGGCCUCCUCGACAUCCCGAGCGUAAAUCCCGGAUCAGCAAGCACAAUCGCACUUCCUAAGGAAGUGCUUCAGUACCGUGGUUAUGCGAAGGCUGAAUGCUGGCUGACCGUUAUGUUUACACUGAAGGACAACUGCGCAUGGGCAGAUUCAGGACACGAAGUCACUUUUGUCCAACAUCAACUCAAUAUCAAGCAUCCUCUCUUCGACAAACCUGUCAUCGCACCGAAACCCCAACCUCUGGAUGUGAGCAGUACUCGUCAAUAUCUCAGUAUCGCCGGCCCCGACUUUUCAGUAUCCUUUGACAAGAUCCACGGCCUGAUCAAGUCGUGGACUUUUCGUGGCACUCCUCUCCUCCAUGAACCCGAAUGGCCCGUUGGUCCUAUUCAACUCGGGUUUUGGCGUGCACCAACCGAUAACGAUGCCGCAUGGCAAACAGAGCGGUGGAAGCACUGGGGUCUGAAUUCAUUGACCACACAGCUCCGCGCCUUUGACGUGUAUCAUCCGUCAGUCGACGAGACGCAGGUCAAAGCGACAACCUACGUCGGUCCCCCAAUACUGGCAUGGGGAUUCCACGUUGAAACCACGUACCGGAUUGGAGCCACUGGCACGAUAUCUAUCAGGGUGCACGUCAAACCCGUAGGUUCGGCCCCAAAGAACCUGCCUCGGGCGGGGUGGGACUUCCAACUAUCAAAAGUCUUUGAGCACGCGAGGUGGUUCGGCCUCGGACCUGGGGAGUCGUAUCACGACAAGAAGUCGGCGCAGAGAGUCGGUGUUUUCGACGCGUCCAUUCCCGCGCUGCACACGCCGUACGAGGUACCCCAAGAGAAUGGGAAUCAUGUCGACACGAGAUGGGUCGAGGUCCUCGACGGCCGAGGUAUGGGUAUGAAGAUCACGUUGUCAGGUGCAAAGAGGAACCCCGCUACCUUCCACUUCGCGGUGUCGGAGUACCCGGCGGCCGAGCUGGAGAGAGCAAAGCAUGGACCUGAGUUGGUCAAGGGUGAUGCGAUAUACCUGCGUGUCGAUCGGGACGUGUCCGGCGUUGGUACGGGGGCUUGCGGACCGGCCAUCAAGGAACAAGAUCUGGUCCGGUGUGAAGAGAUGGAGUUUGAGGUGUCCCUUGAGCCGGUCCUCCCAUAGAUAUGAACUCAGUUGACUGGCCGACAUCAAUCAGGAAUUUUCGGGCCGCUACAAUGGAGCACUUGCGACAGCACAAUAUCGGGCUGGAGUUACCGAGUAUUUAAACUCGACAGGCAAAAAAGGCCUUUCAAUUGCGGACGCACGCUUUUUCAUUGAUUCUCUCUCUCUUGCUCAACAUUCCUAACCACUCGGGUCUUUUUGAAAGGAUGUCAGCCUCGUUUUUUUGGGUGCCGUAUAUCCGACUCUCAGUCAGACCCAUGGGAACCUCGGCUCGUAAAGAGUGAUACCAUCCCAUAUUACGGACGGAGAAUGCCCGAGAUUUCCCAGUUGGAAUUGCCAAAUACUCCAAAAACAUGACGACGCGUGUUUGCUGCGGAGAGCAGACAUGUACUUCUCUCUGUCGGUUAAUACGGUGAGAUUCCUACGGGAGUUUAUCGUCGUGACUGUUGUAUAGGACGUUCCCAAUUUGGAGGUACCCAGGGUCUAUGAUAAGAAGAUACAAAAUUUAGACUGUUGUACCUGGC